AGCAGUUGUUUGUUGCAUUGUCUCUUUGUAAUUUACACAUCAAAAGCAACAAAAACUUCAAACUUUCCUUUCUCCUUUCUCUUUCACUGCAAAUUUUUUCUUCUUACCCAUAAAAAUCGAAGAAAAUCGAGGAAUCAAUUCCCUGGAUUCGAGGGUUUCUUCCCCUUUCCUCUCUUACUUGAACUAUUACCACAAAAUCGCGCCUUUCUAUCCUCUCCUGCUUUGUGUUUCCAAUCCUCACGCUUUGUUCUUGAGAGGUCUUCAGUAUAUCUGCUUCAUCUGAAUUGUUUGAUUUUGAGUUCUGCUGCAUUUUCGUCGACUCAAUUUCCCGCUUGAUUCCUUAAUUGACCUGGUGCAAGGCGCUAGAGACACCUGUCCGGUCGUAUGACAUAUGAAUAUUGCUGUACAUAGCUGGAGUAGACGUCAUAGUCCGAGCAAAUCAAACUCUCCGCUGACUUUUGAGUAAGGAGCAUAUCUAGAUUUUUGGUUUGGAAUCGACUUAAGGGAAGCGAUGGAUAUUGCCAGAGCUUGGCUGAAGAAGUUAAAGUCUAAAGGGAAGGAUAAAUCCUCGAAAAGGAAGGAAACUACUAGAGGCAAUGUAAAGGAGGGAUCAAAAGCAGUUGGAGGUGAAGAAGCUGUGUCAAAUGCAACAAAGCAGAAGGCUGCAGCUGCGAAACAGUAUAUUGAAAAUCACUACAAAAAACAAGUGCAAAGUCAGCAGCAAAGACAAGAGCGACGCAAUAUGCUGGAAAAUAAGUUAGCAGCUGCAGAAGUCUCUGAGGAAGAGCAAAAGAAUUUGCUUAAGGAUUUAGAGAAGAAGGAAACUGAAUACAUGCGCCGUCAGAGACAUAAAAUGGGAACUGAUGACUUUGAGCCAUUGACAAUGAUAGGAAAGGGCGCUUUUGGAGAGGUUAGGAUAUGUAGGGAGAAGGGAACAGGUCAUGUCUAUGCAAUGAAAAAGCUUAAGAAAUCUGAGAUGCUUCGUAGAGGCCAGGUGGAACAUGUAAAAGCAGAGAGAAAUUUACUCGCAGAGGUGGACAGCAAUUGCAUCGUGAAGCUGUAUUGUUCUUUCCAAGAUGAAGAGUAUUUGUAUCUUAUUAUGGAGUAUCUACCUGGUGGGGAUAUGAUGACGUUACUUAUGAGGAAAGAUACACUUACUGAAGAUGAGGCAAGAUUUUAUGUCGGGGAAACUGUCUUAGCUAUUGAGUCCAUUCAUAAGCAUAACUACAUCCACAGAGAUAUCAAGCCUGAUAAUCUGCUACUCGACAGAAGCGGUCACAUGAAAUUAUCAGAUUUUGGAUUAUGUAAGCCAUUAGACUGUAGUGUUCUCCAGGAAAAGGAUUUUACAGUUGCACACAACCUUAGUGGGGCUCUACAAAGUGAUGGUCGCCCUGUGGCACCGAGACGCACACUCUCCCAGAUGGAACAACUGCAAAACUGGCAGAAAAAUAGAAGGAUGCUUGCUUAUUCCACAGUUGGAACUCCUGAUUAUAUCGCCCCAGAAGUUUUGCUGAAGAAAGGUUAUGGAAUGGAAUGUGAUUGGUGGUCUCUUGGUGCCAUUAUGUAUGAAAUGCUUGUGGGAUUUCCACCAUUUUAUUCAGAUGAUCCAAUGACAACUUGUAGAAAGAUAGUAAAUUGGAAAAAUUAUUUGAAAUUCCCGGAAGAGGUUAGACUAUCACCUGAAGCCAAGGAUCUUAUCUGUAGACUUUUAUGCAACGUAGAACAAAGGCUUGGAACAAAAGGAGCAAAUGAAAUUAAGGAUCAUCCUUGGUUCAGAGGUGUCGAAUGGGGAAAAUUAUAUCAAAUGAAGGCUGCUUUUAUUCCACAAGUCAAUGACGAGUUGGACACCCAAAAUUUCGAAAAAUUUGAUGAGACUGACAAACAAGUUCCAAAGGUGACAAAAUCAGGUCCAUGGAGAAAGAUGCUCUCAUCCAAAGACAUUAAUUUUGUGGGUUAUACUUACAAGAACGUUGAAAUCGUAAAUGAUGAUGACCAAUUACAAGGGAUAGCUGAGCUGAAGAAGAAGAGCACAAAGCCAAAGCGGCCAUCAAUUAAAUCUCUUUUUGAGGAUGAAUCAGCGAGUGGCACAACAAGUUACCAAGGAAGCUUCUUAAAACUCUUGCCAACGCAAAUUGAAGUUCCAGAGAAAGAAGGCAAAUCCAGCUCAUCCGGGUGACAAAGGCACAAGCCUAAACCAGCUCUUUGAUUCAAUCUUUAGUUUGUCAUAUGCAUUGGUUUUUGGUCGAGAUUGAAUGAUUAAUUUUGAAUAGAUAUAUACUAUAGUAAGCCUAUUAGUUGGUUUUAAGCACUUGCUUUGAAGUGAGUAGCAAACUCAACAAGUGGGAAAGUUAGGACCGUGGUGGUUUCGCAAGUAUUUGUAUAUACAUGGUUCAUUCUUUUGUGGGUGAGUUUUUGAUAUCAAAACAGAAUGUGAACAAGCUUGUGAUAAUUAACAAAGCAUU